UAAAAUGGAAUUUCCAAGGUGAGAGUACGACUCAUGAAAAUCAGAGGCCCAAUUCUACUUAAAACAGAGGAAAAUGUACGUGUGUUCUUUUGAUAAGGACAAUGACCAGUCGAGACAAGAUACAGUAUGACUAACCCAUCCUGAUUCAGUGGUGAAACUUAUUAAAAUCAUUGACCUUUGCCGCAAAGAAUUACUAAUGUCUCCUACUAUUUAUGGGUAUCUUGCUCCCGAAGAAGAAUAUAGUGGAUUCGACCUUACUGUGAAAGAGCGUACUAAUAAUAUACUCUCUGAGCUCAAAGAUGCGAUGAGGAAAAAGUUAUUUUAUAAGUUUGAGCCUUUAUUUCAAGAAUCUCAGCAAGUGAAAGAGAUGAUAAUGAAUGAUCGUCUUUAUAUCAAAUUUUGCACAAUGAAAACAUGGAAGGAGUCUGUUUCAGCUAUUUGAGGUGAAGGAACUCAGAGUUUAGCACUCGUUGAAAAAGAAAUAAGUGAUAAGUACAACAAUUUACUCGAAAAGACAGUUUCUAAACUGAUGACGCAAAAACAAACCAACAAAGAGAGUUAUGAUGGGCUUGAGAAUGAAUUCAAUCUGUAUAAGCGAAAAUAAUAAAAUGAAAUUAUUUUCCCGUAUGGUCUUACUAAUUUCAGCCAUGAUGAUAUACUUUUGAGCAGGAAACAUCGGGAUAAAAUAUUCUGGAAGAUCUCUGUCUUUACAAUAUACUGGAGAUCUUCUCAGUAGUGAGAUUCAUGAUUUGAAAUCAAAAAUUCACCUAAAAGAUACAAAAAUCAACCUGCUCCUCACAGACCUCUCUACCCUCAACUCCACUCUCACCUCCCCUCCCAUCACAUCCCCCCCUUGCAACUCCACCCCCACUUGCCAACCCUGUAACCUCCCCUACAUCCCCCAUCCACCCCCUUCCCAGCCCAACCCCACCAACACCAAAGAGACCGAAGAAGCCAAUUCCGCCUUCUGCCACAAAGAAGUCAUGAAAGCCAAGAAGAAACAGAAGGAAUUCAACGAAGAAUGUAGAGCCAAGGUACGCCCAAGCGGCCAGGGAUGGGCUUAAUGUGGUAUAGGGAAUUUAUGCGAAGGAUAUGGAACAGAAGUUGGAAGAGAAGGAUCAGGAGAUAUUGGAGUGUGAGAAGAUGCUGAAGGGGGUUAUUGAUGGGAGUAUUAAUAAGAAGGGGUAUUCUGAUCAGGAUUUGAGGAAGUUUAAGAAGAAGAAGAUUGAGUUGUUUAUGGAAGACCAUAUGGAAGAAGGACAGAAUUUAGGGAAAGUUUAGGUAGUGGAGUAUUUUUUUGUCUUAAAUGAUAAAGUUAUAUUGUUGGAGUCGAGAUAAAUUGUACCUUUUUGGGAAAUUGUUUUUGAGGGAUACAUUUUAGCAUAAA